GCGAAGGGGCGGGCCGGGGAGGCGGUCGAGCGCGGUGGUGCUGAUGCAGGAUGGCUGAGCGCGCAGGAGCCCGGGAGGUCUGAGCCGGGCGAGGCUCGCUCCCUGCGCAUCGCCUCGUCCGCCGGCCGCGUGGUCGCGGGCAGGUGGGCCUGGAGCGCCGCGCCGGGCUAGGGCAAGGCCAGGGAGGGCAGGUCUGCAGCCGGAGGGGCCGGAGGCUGAUAGAAGCCUACCCGGUCUGGGAGCGGCCCGAGCUGCCCAGCCCGCCGAGUUCGCGAUGACCUGCUGAAAAGCUUCAUCGGAGGCUGCAGGAGGCGGCCUCACUGCAGGCGGUGCGGUUCGUGGCCUCCUCCCACGUCCUGCUGAGCCCCGGCCCCCCACCCAUCCCCGCGCCCCCUCCCUGCCGCCGGCCGAGAUGGCGGAUCCAGCUGAAUGCAGCAUCAAAGUGAUGUGCCGGUUCCGGCCCCUCAACGAAGCGGAGAUUCUCCGAGGGGACAAAUUCAUCCCCAAAUUUAAAGGCGACGAGACCGUGGUGAUUGGGCAAGGGAAGCCAUAUGUCUUCGAUAGAGUGCUGCCUCCCAGCACGACCCAAGAGCAGGUUUACAAUGCGUGUGCAAAGCAAAUUGUCAAAGAUGUCCUUGAAGGUUAUAAUGGGACGAUUUUUGCAUACGGACAGACCUCAUCAGGAAAAACGCACACCAUGGAGGGGAAGCUACAUGACCCUCAACUCAUGGGGAUCAUCCCAAGGAUUGCACAUGACAUCUUUGACCACAUCUAUUCCAUGGAUGAAAACCUGGAGUUUCACAUCAAGGUUUCCUAUUUUGAGAUCUACUUGGACAAAAUCAGGGACUUACUCGAUGUGUCCAAGACGAACUUGGCUGUCCAUGAAGAUAAAAACAGAGUCCCGUACGUAAAGGGGUGUACCGAGCGGUUUGUGUCAAGCCCCGAGGAGGUCAUGGAUGUGAUAGAUGAAGGCAAAGCAAACCGACACGUGGCUGUCACAAACAUGAAUGAACACAGCUCUAGAAGUCACAGUAUCUUCCUGAUUAAUAUUAAACAAGAGAAUGUAGAGACCGAAAAAAAGCUCAGUGGGAAGCUUUAUCUAGUUGAUUUGGCUGGGAGCGAAAAGGUCAGCAAGACCGGUGCCGAGGGGGCUGUUCUCGAUGAAGCUAAAAAUAUCAAUAAAUCUUUGUCUGCUCUUGGAAAUGUGAUCUCUGCCUUGGCAGAAGGGACAAAAACACACGUGCCAUACCGGGACAGCAAGAUGACUCGGAUUCUUCAGGACUCUCUGGGUGGGAACUGUAGAACCACCAUUGUUAUUUGCUGUUCUCCCUCUGUCUUCAAUGAGGCUGAGACCAAGUCAACACUGAUGUUUGGGCAAAGGGCUAAGACCAUCAAGAAUACAGUCUCCGUGAAUCUGGAACUGACAGCGGAAGAAUGGAAGAAGAAAUACGAAAAAGAGAAAGAGAAAAACAAGACUCUGAAGAACGUUAUCCAGCAUCUGGAGAUGGAGCUAAACAGAUGGAGAAAUGGAGAAGCUGUGCCUGAGGAUGAACAGAUCAGUGCUAAGGACCAGAAGACCCUGGAGCCCUGUGAUAACACCCCCAUCAUAGACAAUAUUGCUCCUGUUGUUGCUGGCAUCUCUGCAGAGGAGAAGGAGAAGUAUGAUGAGGAGAUCUCCAGUCUCUACAGACAGCUGGAUGAUAAGGAUGAUGAAAUUAACCAGCAGAGUCAGCUGGCUGAAAAGCUAAAGCAACAGAUGUUGGAUCAGGACGAGCUUCUGGCUUCCACGAGAAGAGACUAUGAGAAGAUCCAGGAAGAGCUGACACGUCUCCAGAUUGAGAAUGAGGCAGCCAAGGAUGAAGUGAAGGAAGUUCUCCAGGCCCUAGAAGAGUUGGCUGUCAAUUAUGACCAGAAGUCUCAGGAAGUGGAGGACAAGACCAGGGCCAAUGAGCAGCUGACUGAUGAGCUGGCCCAGAAAACGACGACAUUGACAACCACACAGAGGGAGCUGAGCCAGCUACAAGAGCUUAGCAACCACCAGAAAAAGAGGGCUACUGAGAUCCUGAAUUUGCUGUUGAAGGAUCUGGGGGAGAUAGGUGGAAUUAUCGGCACCAAUGAUGUGAAGACUUUGGCGGACGUGAAUGGAGUCAUUGAGGAGGAAUUCACCAUGGCCCGCCUGUACAUCAGCAAGAUGAAGUCGGAGGUCAAAUCCCUGGUGAACCGCAGCAAGCAGCUGGAGAAUGCCCAGAUGGACUCCAACAGGAAGAUGAGUGCCAGUGAGCGGGAACUGGCAGCGUGUCAGCUGCUCAUCUCCCAGCAUGAAGCCAAGAUCAAAUCCCUGACAGACUACAUGCAGAACAUGGAACAGAAGAGGAGGCAGCUGGAAGAGUCCCAAGACUCGCUCAGUGAAGAGCUGGCCAAGCUCCGAGCCCAAGAAAAAAUGCACGAAGUCAGCUUCCAGGAUAAGGAGAAGGAGCAUCUGACGCGGCUGCAGGACGCGGAGGAGAUGAAGAAGGCCCUGGAGCAGCAGAUGGAGAGCCACCGGGAAGCUCACCAGAAGCAGCUGUCCAGACUUCGGGAUGAAAUCGAGGAGAAGCAGAAAAUCAUCGAUGAGAUUCGGGAUUUGAAUCAGAAGCUGCAACUGGAACAGGAGAAGCUCAGUUCUGAUUAUAACAAGCUGAAGGUGGAGGACCAGGAGAGGGAAAUGAAACUGGAAAAGCUCUUAUUGCUCAAUGAUAAAAGGGAACAAGCCAGAGAGGACCUCAAAGGGCUGGAGGAGACAGUGUCUCGGGAGCUGCAGACUCUGCAUAACCUCCGGAAACUCUUUGUCCAGGAUCUGACUGCCCGGGUUAAAAAGAGCGUGGAGCUGGACAGCGAUGAUGGAGGGGGCAGUGCUGCCCAGAAGCAGAAAAUUUCCUUCCUGGAGAAUAACCUGGAGCAGCUCACGAAGGUUCACAAACAGCUGGUCCGGGACAACGCCGACCUGCGCUGCGAGCUGCCUAAGCUGGAGAAGCGGCUGCGUGCCACGGCGGAGCGCGUCAAGGCCCUGGAAAGCGCGCUGAAGGAGGCCAAGGAGAACGCCAUGCGGGACCGCAAGCGCUACCAGCAGGAGGUGGAUCGCAUCAAGGAGGCCGUGCGAGCCAAGAACAUGGCCAGGAGGGCCCACUCGGCCCAGAUCGCCAAGCCCAUUCGCCCUGGACACUACCCAGCAUCGUCUCCGACGGCCGUCCACACCAUCCGAGGGGGAGGAGGCGGCUCUUCAAACUCCACUCACUACCAGAAAUAAAUAUGAAAUACGGCUCUCCACGUAGCAUGUCAAGGACUACAUUAAUCACCAAUUCCUUUAUUUUCUCCCCGCCCCCCCCCCCACAGUUUCCAUUUUCUUUUACACUUGCUUACCCCAGCCAUCUGCAGUACACUGGUUUCAGAUAUUUGAGCUGUGUAGAAUCUCUGUGUGUACAGAUGUGUGCUUGGACUUUUCUCUUCCUGAGAAAUCCGAAGGGGCUGAUUACAGAAGAUCCGCUUACUCCUGGGAAAAAGGCCCAGGGACUAGGCUGUUGGGUGGUCUCUGGGUGGCCCUCGGAGCCUCCUUCCUUGGUAGUGUGCCGUCCUAGCAAACGCCCUCACGUGCCAGUCCCUUGGGGGAGGGGAUCAACCAAGUGCCAUGGAGGUGGGGGGCUCAUGCUCUGCUGCAGCUGUCUGGUUUCCUGUGAAAUAAACACAUUCCUUUAUAUUUUUAGGGAACAAAAAAAAAAGUGCUGCUACAAGGUUCAAAAUUUUCAUUCUGAACACUUUUCCGAAACAAAUUACCCCAAAGAAGCAUUUUGAAUCCCCCAGGUCACAUCUUUGGAUCUGUAAAAACACCUUUUAGGAGGGCACCUGUUAAGAAGCAAAGCAAAUUUCUUCAAGGCAGGAAAACAAUCUGACAGUAGCAAUGUAGAAUGUGUUCAUUCGAACACAUCCAUGUAAAUGCAGAAAAACAUAAAAUUCACCUGAGCUGCUUGCUACUAAACCUGCAGCAACUAGUCUCAGCCAGCCCAGUUUGAACAUCCUUCCUUCAGAAGUGUUGAAAAUGCUGCAAAGUUGGAUGAUUGGAAAUGGGGUGGCCCCCUCCUGGCCUCCUCCUUCCUGAUCCUACUGGAGCUCGCAUUGGGGAUGGCCUCUCUCCGUAAGGGAGUCAUCUUAAGCCUGGAGGGGGUAUGGCCAGUUGAAAUCCAGGAUCAAUUCCAGCAGUUGGAAAAGGAAGCCUUGGGGGGGGUGGCGGGAAGUGACUGACGCAUUUUUGUGCCUACGAAUAAGUUGUUAUUUUAACCCUUCAUUGCUGAAUGUUUAUUUGACUUCUUUCUCUGGCAUCAGAUAGAUUCAUCUUCUUAGGCAUAAUGUGAAGAAAUCAGUAUGGAUGGAUUUUUUUACGUUUAACUAUUGGUUUUUUCCAACAUACGAAUUUAAAGUUGAAUCAACUUUUACUUCCAGUUGCGGAUUUUAAAAGGAUUGAUUUCCAAGUAGGAAAGUCUUCAGGGAAGCUGACAAGGAUUCAGUUAACUUGGUCUUGUGUGCUGCUACUAGUUUUGACAAAUUUGAGGGUAAGUCAGUGACAACCAGACCAAUCUCAGUGAACGCACCCAUCUGAUCUCGGUGCCUGCCCAAGAUGAGUGAGCUGGCACUGUCCCUGCUGCUGUCACCACCGGAAUGAAAUGUAGGCCGGGAAGACAUUGAGCUUUCUCUUCACUGUGUGAGUUGUAGUUCGAGGGCGUGUGUGUGUGUGUGUGUGUGUGUGUGUGUGUGUGUGUGUGUGCCUGCGCAUGCACAAGGCACUGAGGACUGUGAAUUGACUUCCAAACUUUUCUUGUAUAAAAUUUCCCUAACACAGCAAAGCUGCUUUGACUUAAUUUAUUUGUUAAAUGUUGCACUUUGUUUAUAUGUGUUUUGUUUUUUUGGGGGGGGGAGUAAAGAGAAAGAAGAAGACCAAUUCUAGUGAAAUAUUUAUUUCACAAAGAUGACGAUUUUGCAUUCAUUUACACUUUAAAAAUGCUUUUGAUUUUCUUCUAUUGCCAGUACUUGCCCGGUAGAGCUGCUCCGUGACUAUUUGCAGUCUGAUAGAAGGGUCCUUGUAGGGCAGGUUUUGCAAACUUUAUCAGGUAAUAACAUAUGCCAUAGAUUAUAAUCUUGCUGUGAAUAUGUUUGGCUCUGAUUUUAGAAGCUAAAACAUUGGUCUUGGAGAGGAUUGCCAAUUAAUAGUUGUCAUACCACUAUUGUCUAUUAUGCAACUGUAUUUACGUGUGGAAAUUGAACAAAGGUCAAUAAUUCUUUUUUGGGGCUCUCGUUAAUAGAUUGUUUUAAAUUCUCCCCAAAGUAACUUUUCCCUGGGUACCCCUUUUCUAUUUCUAAAGAAUUGCUUGGCCCUUUCAUGUUUCAAAAAGAGCCACACGUUUCACCUGUAGUCCCGUAUUUUUUGAUCUCCACAAAGGACUCACAAAAUUCACACGACUUUUAUUCACAGAGAAAGUUGGCUUUGAUGUCUCUUAAAGAUAAUUCUGCUACUUGCUGAUCAGCCAGUCAGUUCACCUAGCUUCAAUCUUUAUAGGACCUCAAAAUUAACUUUCCUACACUGUGACUAAAGGGUGGGCAGAUUAUUGGAAUGGGUUCUACAACAUAUUCAAGUGGAUCCCUUUAAUUACUUUAUAUGAUAAACUAAGAUCAGGACCAUAUCCUCUGUAGGCCACUUUUUAAAAAGCCACAUUUAUGCAACUUUCAUUUUUUUAAAAAUUAUUACUCCUUUACAUUUGUACUCUAACUAUAAAAACCGCACUUCUGAAUGGCUGAGCCUGUGAUUAUAUUUUUGAUUGUAUGCUACUUUUGGUGUGAGAGAGAGAAAGAGAGAGAGAGAGAACGUGUGUUUCUCCUCUGUGAAUAAUUUUAUAUCUCAUGCUUCUUCUUGAAAGUUUACUUUUUGAUGUUCUAAGGGAAUAGCCAGAUGGUUUAUACAAAUAAUGUCUACCUGCAGGAUGGUGGAUUGUUAAAUUAGAGAAAUGCUGUUUGGGAUAUCAAGGUUUAUGGUUGGAUUCAACUUAACCAAUUACAUUUUUAUAAUGGAGUAUAUUCCUUCAUUGACUGUAUUAUCAAUUCAUAAAGUGCUUUUUAAAACUCUAAAAGAUUUAUGGUUGGAGACUAAAAUAUAUUAAUGCCAAAUGUGUUUUGGUCAAUCACAAGAGAAUUCUGUACAAAUACUGUACAGUUUGGUUGUUUGAAUGGCAGGCAGUAGGGAGAAUAAGUGUGGAGUAAGACUUAAAGGAAAUAGUAUCAUGUGAUUACAAAAAUUAGAGUUCAUAGAAAUAUUGGGAUAAACGAAGAAAUAAAAAUAUUUGUCUAGAAUGUAGCAUCUAGUAACUUUUUGAUGCCCUGACUUCGCAUGAAGGAGUGAUAGUUCUGUCCAAGGCCAGACUGAGACAUCACCAAGACUCGUGGGGAAUUAAUAGGUUCUCUUUUCCUAGAGGAAUAACUGGAAGCAAAUAAAAGUCUUAACAGUCCCCUCUUUGAAGUGUUUUUGUUCUGUUUUGUUGUUUUUAGCAGGGCAGAAGACAUUUAGAGUCUGGCUACAUGACCUAUUGGGGAAGUUUUUCACUGGAAGGGGACAGGGGGAAGGUUUCACUUCAUUGUCUCACCCCUAAUAUUUUGAGCGAGCUAAAGGAACCAUUGUAGUUUAAAAUGGUUUCAUUUAACACUAACAAUUUAGCCUUUCUAAAAGUAUUGAACAAGGGCUAGGUAACUGCCGAAGGAAGCCUUGCUCCAUGAAGUCUGCUUACACAUUUACAUCUUGUGCACCAGUUUUAAAGACUUUUCAUCGUGUGCAGAUAUAAGGGGAAUAGGGCAUUCUGUAGGAUUAUACAUGUUUAGUUUGUAAAGUAUGUAAUGUGUACUGCAGAUGUGUGUUCUGGGGCUUUAUGUAUCUGUACAGUAGCUUUCAUUAAAAAAAAAUUUGUGGACAAACUUGUUUUGGUGGUUCGAGGGGGGAAAUGGCCGUUUAUACCAAGUAAUGAUGCUGUAAUAUAUAGUACAUGUAACAAAAGAUCUGGAAGUAACCCUCCCCUGGCCCCUGGGGAAUUUUGGUUAUCCUCUAGGUUCUAAAAUGAAGAUGUGUGGAUACUCUGGCAGACUGCAUGAUGUAUAAUUUGAAAAAUACUAAAAGUGGAAAAUAAAAUUGAGUUAAACUUUG